ACCCAACACCCAGUCCUUCAGCUACAGCUGCUACUUAUAUUCCACAAACAUCCACAGCAACCCUAAUUGCUAAUAACAGUAGUAGUAAUAGUGCUCAGAGCACUAACUUGACCAGUAGCAGUUAUUAUACUAGUAGUGGUAACAGUGUUAAUAACAACAACAGCAAAUUAAAUAAUAAAAAUACAACACUUGUUAAGUCACUCUCCUUGCAAUCGGUUUCCUCAAUAGGGGCAGGUUUGAAUCACAUUUCUAACGGUCAGAUGCACUCAGAUAAUGACCUCAGCAUUAAAACCGAGACCCAUCUCAGCGAUAAGGAAGACACAUCUGCUAGCGAAGCUAAUAGCGCUUCGCUGCUGACAUCACCGGCUAUUUCGACCUCUAGUUCGCUAUCUCAACCGCUUGUAAGCACCUCGUCCACUCAAUCAAUCCCUGUUCCAAUAACCAGCACAAUGCUAUCCUACUCCUCUGCAGCUCAUAUUAACAAUUACACUGCAGCUGUCGCUAGCAUGCAAGCCCAAGCCCAGGCUGUUCAUGCUGCCCACCAAGCAGCGGCUGUAGCUCAAGCUAACCAAGCUGCAGCUGCUUCUGCCCAAUACACUGCACACUAUACCGAAGCAGCCAAUCUCGCCAAAGAGGUUGCCCAAAAGAAUUACGCUAACGCACUCAAAAUGGCGGCCGUAUCGAGCGCUCUUACUGGAAAGCCACUAACUGCUCUCAGCUAUACUGGUGUCGCACUGAAUAAAACGGGGAUGCUGCAACAAAACCAGCCGUACCUCACUGCUGGCGCAACAACAGUUGCUGCUCCAUCCGUGGCACCUGCCUAUCCACCACCUCGCAUCGGUACACCUGCUACUCCACAGCAGGCUAUGCUUCCAGCGCUUACACGUCCACCGCCGCCCAUAAUGACGCAAGCUGCCUACGCACACAUGCUACGUCCACAAAUGCCAGCCAGUAUGGUUCACAAUCCGUACGCAACCGCCGCUGCUAUGGCCCAGCAUCAGCUCAUGAACCAAAGUCUGAUGUAUCCAGCCUACCAGGCGGCCGGAGGUUAUCAGUUUGCCAGCCCAAUGCACACUGCUAUGCCUACUGCUAAUCUUACCGCGAUUCCCGGUGCGAUUCCCCAAAUGCAACAAAUAGCAGCAAAUCCCGCAUCAGGCAGUGCAAUGGUUUUGAAUCCCUACAAAAAGAUGAAGACGUCGUAAGCUCUGAAUAAUAACAGCAACCUAAGAUACCAGUAGCAUGCAACCAAAAUCACCCACACACGCACAUACAUCAAUUGCCAUACGAGAAAGCACAUGCUCACUAGAAACACACGUGAAUGCACACAGAUGCAUCUAUCUCACCAUUAAUCGUUGCCAUGUUUUAGCGAAAAACUCGCACUCUAAUGAAAGAGGAGAAGAGAUAAAUACAAUAAGAAGAUAAUGAUGAUAGUGCCUGAAAAAAAACACACUUGGAAGACAAAAAAAGAAAAGCCACCAAGCGAUAGUGAAAUUGGAACAUAACAACAGUGUAACACCAUUUUAUGUAAAACAGAACAAAUACAGAUAGUGUACAAACAGUAUGCGGUCAUUUGAAAGCUAAGAGUAGGAGAUAUUAAACUAUUGUUUAUAUUGAGUGAUCUUGUCACUAUGGUUAAGUAUAAACUUGAAUAGCAGCGCUUAUUAUUCGUUCUGCAGCAAGAUGAAGUAGAUCAUUUUAAGUGCAAUUUUCUUCGAAGAUAACGGUUCCAAGAUGAACCCUAAAGGUCAUAAUAGAUUUUGUUUUCACGGUUUCAAAUUUGAUUAUUUUGUUAUGUUACGGGUAAUUUGGGUAGGUACAAGGGGUGUGACACAACAGCUUGAUGAAACAAUAUAAACCGCAAACAUUAGGAAGAUACAAUUUUGACUUUAGAUAAAAACCAACACGAAUAGCACAUAAAACUGCUGUGUGAUGCCCUUUGAAAACGAAAACUUUUCUUGUGUAUACAAAGAAAAAUCAAAAUAAAAAACUGUGAUAGCUUGACAAGAACAAAACCGCUGCGCAAAAACAAUACCAACACAUUGAUCGAUUCAAUUGCACAACUACGAUACACACACAUUUAACACACGUUCUGUUUCUCCAUGGAACUCAAAAUGACAUUAACAUAUUUCUUUAACAUUCGUUUUUUUUGUUUUCGUCGUCUGAGAAAAUUUUGUUGGCAAAUGAAGAAACAAAGCAAGUAGGAUAUUUUAAGAAAAUUAAGCAUUAAGCAAGUCAAAUUUUGGACAUUAUAGUCAAGCUAGCUGAACUAACAUAACCCGUAGGAAAAAUGUGACGUUUUAAAACGAAACCUAGAAGUGCAUUUUGUUUUCAUUUUUUGUUUAACACUUAAAUAAUAUAGGAAACGAGAAAUCGGAUCUUACUUAGUUUUCAUUGCUGUUAAAUAACCCAGUAGAUGGACAGUGCCGUAUUGAUUGUAGAGUUAUACGUAGAUAAAUAUUUGUAAAUAGUCGAAAACGUCCCAUGGAAAUAUCGUUGUGAUAAGUUUUUUUUUAUCUUCAAACUGAUUUGGAGUUCCUUUAUACUUUUUCAUUUUCUAUAUUGAUGCAUACAAUAACUAAUUGUUAUUACACACAAACUAGGAUCUAGCAUCAUCAAACCUUAACAUACUGAUGAUUAGAUGACUAAUAACAAAACCUAUAUUGAAAAUAAUCGAAAGGUUGUGUAUCCUAUAAACAACAGUGAAGCAAAAUAGCCCAGAGAAAACAAAGCAUACCCACAACGCGCGUGAUGGAAGCAAUGGUUUCCAAACACAAUACACAUCUUACAUCAGCUCUUGGAAUUGCAGUUCGAAACUAGUAGAAAUCUACACUAUCAAUCUAAGAGAGAGAGAUAAAGCGUGCUUUAGAAGUAUUAAUACUAUUACAACUGCUACUAUUAGUACUGCUACUGGAAAAAAUAAACAAUCGUUUGAUGUAAUUGAAUAAAACGUAAAUAUAAUUUCAUGGCUUCAAUAAUUUUACAAUUACAACUCGAGCAACGCUAUUGCUACUACUAUUACUACUGCUACUACUGAUGUCGAAAGAUUGUAAAAACCUAAAAGUGGGAAUUUGGAAAGAAGUAUCGCUUGUGUUGAUAAAAGUAAAUCAAGUAGUUAUCUAUUCCACCAGUAAAGAAAUAACACACCCACGUUCCCAUUUGCAUAUUAGGGUAUAUAUUUGUACAUGUUUGAUAACAGAUAGUGUAAACAUAAAAUUCUUAACGUACGCAUUACACUUAACUACGCCGACUACGUUCUACAUAUUUAUAGUCUAGCAGAUUUGAUUUGUCGCGUGAUUUUGGAUAAAAUAAAAGUAAAUAUACCGUAGUUGAAGUAUAGUAUCCCAAUGCUAAAAAAUAAAACUAUGUAGAGUUAUACUCACCUAGAACGACAAAACCUAAACAAUCAUUGAACGAAAAAAAAUUACAUUGAUAAUAAACAAACAAAAAGUAUGAUAACAGUAGUUUUACUCCCUCCUAAAUUCUAUAUAAUUACUGUUAAUGGUAAAACAAAACUGCAUGAGUAUGAAAACUAUCUGGAUUCGAUGAAACUAAGUCAAAAUACGGAGAAACAUCCUUCAUGAAAAGUACAGUUUAGUUAUACAAAAAUCCACAAAUUAAAAUUGCAACGUCGAUACUAGGUGUAAAAAUGCUACUACUAGUUACUAUACUGGUUCUAAUUCCUCCUUCGCAAGUACAGUGAAAAUAACAGUAAAAGUACUGAGAAAAGCAUUAUUUAGUGAUUAGUUAUUUUGUUGCAUUUUUCUAUUUAGUUUAGUUUCGCUGUGUAAAAUUUGUGUAAAAUUAGUCCUGUUGUUCAGUGCAAAGUUUUUUUUAAGGCAAUAGCAACGGGUUUUAGUUUAUUCUUUGUUUGUGUUUGUGAUUGAUGAACUUCGUAUAACUAAAUAAAGCUAUUGCAAUUAGCAAUUAAAGCUGAGAGUUUCGUUUGAAUUAUUUUCACUGGAAUCUUUGGUUACGUAAUGUAAAACUUUUGUCACGCCUUAUACGUUCGCCUGGUAUACAUUUCCUAGAUCAUUUGAACGCAUAGAAAGCUUGUCAUAGUCAUCACAAUAAUGCAUUUUCACAUACAACCUCCAUCGCAUCCAUAAUUGAAUUCAGAAAACUACAAACGCUUAAUUCAGUCGAUUCCAAUUAUGCUUUUUUCAUGGUCUCGCCUUGCCACCCCUCGCUUUUUCUCCAUUUAUUUUAGCUAAAAACAAAAGCAGCAGUGUAAGUGCCGAAAAAACUCAUGGUAUUUGUUUCCUAUAUAAUUGUAUCUAAGCUGAAAUAGCUACAAUAUUUACUGCGCUUAAACAACGCCUACUAACAUCCAUUGUUCCAUAUUCUUUCAACACUAGUAACAAGGUUCUAGAAUUAAGUUAAAUUUAAUAUUGUAUCUCUCGAGUAAUUGCAUAUCAAGUUUGAUUGGAAACCGCCAAUACAUUUAUUUUUAUUUUUUAUUUUAUCAACACACGUCUCGCUAACAGAGUGAGCAAAAAGCAACACAUAAAAUUUCGACUCAUAAUGGUUCAUGGUUAGCUAAGUAAAAUAAAACUGCUUUGUUUAUUUAGUAAAUGGGAUUUGAUUUAGUGAAUUGCUAUUUAUGUAUAGAUUUCUUUAUGCUUCACACUUCUAAAACACGCAUAUCUAAGCUAAGAGUCGUGUAUAGGUAUCAUAUAUCAGUAUAAACCAUAAGUACUUAAAUAGUUUGGACAAUUUAUCGAUUAGUCUCUUGUUUAUCUAUUUCCAACUGUUCAACUUUACGUUAGCCUUAACCACAACUCGUAGUUCACACACACACUCAAUUUGAUACAACGGCACUAACAUACAAUCGAAAUACGCUAGUUGGCCUACUUUGUAGGUGGUUUUCAACUAGUUGAGCCAUUCAAAUACAAAAAACUAAAUAUCAAAAUCUCAUGUCAAAUAGGCUGUGAUAUUCAAACAGAGAAGUUACGAUCACAUACGAAUAAUUUUAUACAUACAUCAUCCGACCUAACUAACGAAUUCGAGGUGGUAAUACAAUAAGCGGGGUAAAACUGGAUUUGUAACUACAAGGUAACCUAUAAUAAAAAGCCCAAGUUUUUAAAAAAAAAUUAUGAUCGGUCAUAAAAAGUACUCUACAAUAGGCAUGAUUUCUUAUUUAAACACUAUUAUGAACAUUUUGGUGUUCUUUUAGUUUACCUUCACUUUUUUGAGGAUUUGAAAAAUGCCAGCUUUGAGCAGUUUUUAUUGGAACUUAGACCCAUUUAAUAUGCUUUUAAUCAACAAGUUGGGUUCUUUCUCGUUUUCAAGUUGAAAUGCUCACACCUGCUCGAAUGUGAAAAAUACCACAUUCCACAGAUGGUGUUCAAUACUCUGAUACACACAUUUGUGUAAAAGCCCAAACAAUAUGCUUCAUUAAUGCAGUACUGACCCGUUUUUAUCAAUCAACCAAAAAUGUUGUUUGAAGAAACGUGGAAGUUGAUAAAAUCGGGAAUUUUUUAUCUCAUUUUUUUUCAUCCAACAUAACGCUAGUUUACAAGAAAAAUGAAACUUAAGAAAAAGUAUUUUUAGACUAAUUUUAGGUCGCUGAACACGAAAACAAUAUUCAUUUUUUUGUUCAAAGAAGCGAUUGUGUAAUUUUCUCAAAAAACUCGUUUUUGAGUACUUAUUUUAGUUUUUGGUCAAUAUUUCGUGUCAAAAUCGUUCAAAUAAUUUAGUCAAUAUGCAGGUUGAAAGGUGCCGAGAUGCCCUUUCCAAAAACAUAUAAUAUGUGUCGAUCAUAUGUAAAAAUUUUAGUGCUGCAAGCGACCAAAGUUUAAAAAAAGUUCAUUUUUGACUAUUUUUAAAAGUUAAUCAUUUUUAAUUGACUUUUUACAAAAAAAACAAAUUUUUUUCGGACCUUUUAGAAUCUAAAAUGACAGAUAAUAUGUUUACGUUAAUUUUAAGCCUAAUAUCGGUUGAAAAAUGCUGAUGCUAUGGCUCAUUGAGAGAAAUAGAAAAUUUUGUGAUUUUAGUAGGCCCUGCCCUGGUGCGGCGGUUUAGAGGGUGUAGCACUUGUCUCACAAGCCAGUCGUCAAAUAUUAUCGGGAAGGAGUCUCAGUGGGAACAUAGCACUAGCCACGUAAUGUUCUGUGAACUGAGAAUCGGCUUCAAAGCCUGUUGAAGCAGAAGGCGAAAAUUCCAAAUUCAAGCUCGAGAAGACAGUACCCAACACAAACAAUAACUAUCAAGUAUAGAAGAUUAUUUCAGCCGAAAGUAUGCACGAAAAAUAAAAAGUUACAAUUUUCACUCAGUGCUUCAUACCAUCUAUAUUUUUCAUCCAAUUUUUGUGAUCAUUGGCUUAAAAUUUAUGCAAAAAGAUUAUUUAUCUUAUUAGAUUCUAGAAGAUUUUUCUUCUGUCCUUUAUUUAUUGUAAAAAAUUAAUUAGAAAUAUGCAUUUUUUUAAGAAAAGGUCGAACAUUAGACUUUUUAACUUUGGUCGAUUGUAAUCAUAAUAAAUGUACAUUUGAUCUAAGCAUAUUAUACAUUUUCGGAAAUGGCACAUCAAUACCUUUCAAACUGUUUCGAUCGGAUCCUAUUUGAACGAGAUAUUGACAAAUAACUAAAAUAGUGCCCAAAGGUUCACCUUUUUCAAAGAAAUCAUGAAAAUGCUUCUUUAAAAAAAUGGACAUUGUUUUCGUAUUCAGCGAUCCAAAAUUAACUUAGAAAACACCUUUUUUAGCUUAGCGCGAUUCCCUUAAAAUUGGUAAAAUCUGUCACAUUAGAUUCUGAAAAUAUUAAUAAUUAAUUUUUCUGUAAUAAAAAUUAGAGCAAAAACAAAAAACAGGAAGCAAAAGAGAAAUGUUUUGUUUGUUUAAUAAAAAAACUAGAACUUCUUUGAAAGAAAAAUUUAGUAUGAUUUUCGUGUUCAGCGACCCAAAAUUAAUCUAGAAAACACUUUUUCUCGCAACUUCAUUUUUCUUAAAAACUAGUGUAAUAUUAUUUAAGACCAAAAGAGAAUAUAUGAAAAACAGAACAAUUUUCACUCAGGGCUUAAUAACAUCAACAGUUAUCGUAUUUUCGUGAUCCUAAUUAAAAUUCAAGUGAGAAAUUUGUCUGUCAUAUAAAAUUUUAAGAUUUUUUUGUCGAAUAAUUUUUUUAUGAAAAAUCAACUAAAAAUGAGUUAUUUUACCAAACAUUACUUUUUUGACUUUGCUUGCUCUUAACCCUAAAUUGUUGAUAUUUAAUUCAAACAUGUUGUUAUACGUUUUUGGAAUGGGCACAUCAAUACCUUUCGAAUGGUGAGUCGAUUGUGUUAAUCGGAAGAUUUGUUCUUGAGAUAUUGACCAACAACUGCACAAAGUGCUCAAAAACACGUUUUUCAAAAAAUCUCAAAAACGGUUCUUUGAAAAAGAAAAUGGAUAUGAUUUUCGUGUUCAGCGACCCAAAAUUGACUUAGAAAACACCUUUUUUCUCAACUUCAUGCAAUCACCUCAAAAUUUGUAAACUAGUGUAAUUAGAGGCAACCUGAGAUCUCAAGUUGUCUGGUUGCAGAAUAAUUAAUUCUAAUGCCCUUUUAGUGCUAAACAUUGUAGUUAAACGAAUCAUCCAAAAACUGAUUAUCUAACCUCCAAGCAUAUGAUCGAUCUAAAGCAUUUCCUAUUAUGAAUGACAAUGUAUUCUGUCGAUGAAAUUUAACAGUUAAACUUCUUCCACUGUCAUUCUACGCCCUUCUUCCAAAACUGAUAGCUGAUAAAAACGAAGAUGGAAAUUAUAUUAGCGAUCUGAAAAAAAAUAGUGCAUCAAAUAGAGCUCCACCAUUCAAAAUUACGUUUCCAAUAUAAUUAGUCAAGCUUUCAACUAGAAAAAUUCGUUUUUAUGAAAAAUGCUCAGUGGGAAAAUUCUACCUAUGACACAGCAUUCUUGUUAAGCGAGCAAUUUUGGUUUUACUUGAAUAGGAAUGGAUUCGUUCGCCAUAUUUUAAGUAAUUGGAUGCGAUGACAGUGAUAAAUAGUUUUACAGAAUCGAUCUCCCGACUGUAGUUGUUAACAUCGUACCCACCUCUUUGUUCACGAAAUUUUCUCUUUCCACAAACUUAACAUUUACUUUUUGAGAUAUUUUACUAGUAGGACAGACAUGUGUAGAAUUUCAACAAUGGGGAAAACAGAUUUGAUUUUUUUAGAGUUUCAGAACAGACCUCACACUCUUUGAGACAAAUAUGCGCAAAAUUGAAUCAUUCGGACGGGUGUUCACAGACAACCGCCACUGCAGUCGAUUAUGCAAAAUCAUGAACAUGAUUUACUCAUGACUAUAGAAAUUCCACUCCGGCAGAAAAAUUUACUCUGUCAGAAAAAUCCAACAGCAAACUAAUAGAUAAAUACCACGUUAACGGAAUAAGAUAUUACGAAAAUUGUGAGUAAGGUUCUGAAAUCAUGAACAUCGUACAACUGUCGGCUCUUUUAGUUGAUAUAGUUUAUACAAACCAGUGAAUCCCCGAAUCAUGAACAAAACUAAACAUGUCCAGGGAAAACCACAAAAA